AUCAGAACUACUUCUGCAUCUCUCUGUAACACACACACACACACACACACACACACACACACACACACACACACACACACACACACACACACACACACACACACACACACACACACACACACACACACACACACACCAUGUUGGCAAAAAGUAAAAGUAUGAUGAAAAAAAAUCAACUCUGCAUUUGGACACAGAUUAAUUUAUUAAUGUGACUUAUUUUAAAUUAUAAACUGUAUUGAAAUUGAAAGUUUUUGUGAAACAUUUCUGCUACCGGUCAAACUUUCCCUUUUGAUUUCAUUUGAUUCUAAAUCUAAUUAUCUUUUUAUUUAAUUUGCAUUAAAAUGCCCAAAUAAAACCAUUGGUCACAUCAGAUGAGGUUUAACCCAGGUUAAACUAAACUGCACCUAAUCAGAAAAACUAAAUCAGUUUAGAAUCUAACACUGCCUCACAUUUUCCAGCUGAAUCGUGUUAUAUUCUGUCAGUGCAUCGAGUCGGCUCAUUUUCACAGGUUGUUUUCUUUUGUGCCGCUCCUCCGAGCGGAUCCCAACUCCCCUUUAAGGGUGUGGGUUUGUGGCGGAUUUGGACCAAUGGAGUGCUCGGCUUUCUGCGGGGAGAGACGGUGACACGCGAGGCAGCGGGUCUUUAAAGGGGCUGCUCUGCCUCUGCUCGCAAGCCCAAUCUCGCAGGACUUGUUAGCGCAUCACGUGCCAGAUUCUUAAUGAAGUGGACACACAGGGGCCGGGUGUGCGCAUGCGCGUGGUGUAAAAUGUAGUUGGAAAUGAGGUGUCCGUCUUGGAGUAGUCGACUUUUAAAAAGCAUCGGCAGCCCGUGAUAUGACGACUUCGCUGGUUCUGCAUCCACGCUGGGCGGACACCUUGAUGUACGUUUAUGAAAAAAGCCCGAAUGAAAACAGCCAGAGUAAAAGCCAAACAAUGGAGGGUCUGAGCGGUAAUUGCCCUGCGACCCACUGCAGGGACCUGAUGUCGCACCCCGCGCUGGGACGACAUUCUGGCACCAUAGCGACCCACCAGGGCUCCGUCUACUCGGAUAUUUCCCCCGCAGACACCGGCCGGCAGUGUCCCGCUCCACAGACAUCCUCCAGCGCGUCGUUGGGUUACGGCUACCCGUUUGGAAACCCUUAUUACGGCUGUCGGUUGUCUCACUCGCACAACGUGAACUUGCAGCAGAAGCCCUGCUCGUACCACCCCGCAGAGAAAUACGCCGAGCCCAGCACGGCUCUCCCCACUGAAGAACUGUCCACCAGGGCCAAAGAGUUUGCUUUCUACCCCAGUUUUGCGAGCUCAUAUCAGGCUGUUCCCGGAUAUCUGGACGUGUCGGUGGUGCCCAGUAUCAGUGCGCACCCGGAACCGCGACACGACGCCCUGAUCCCCAUGGAGGGCUACCAGCACUGGGCUCUCUCCAACGGCUGGGAUGGACAGGUGUACUGCUCUAAGGAGCAAACACAGUCUACUCAUCUCUGGAAAUCACCUUUCCCAGACGUGGUGCCACUGCAGCCUGAGGUCAGCAGUUACCGUCGCGGGCGGAAGAAGCGCGUCCCGUACACCAAGAUCCAGCUGAAGGAGCUGGAGAAGGAGUACGCAGCCAGCAAGUUCAUCACCAAAGACAAGCGCAGGCGCAUCUCGGCUGCCACCAACCUCUCGGAGCGCCAAGUCACCAUCUGGUUCCAGAACCGGCGGGUCAAGGAGAAGAAGUUUGUCAGUAAAUCAAAGAACAGUCACAUGCACACCACUUGAUAGGAUGAGCGAACCUCCAUGGAACUGUUGCUCUUCCAAAACGCCAUGCCAUGUAUUUACCUGCGCAGUGAAGACCGUGGUUCACGAACAUUUUCAUUUUGAUUUUGAUUUUGACAGAGUGCUUCUCUCUCUCUCUCUCUCUCUCUCUCUCUCUCUCUCUCUCUCUCUCUCUCUCUCUCUCUCUCUCUCUCUCUCUCUCUCUCCCUCUGUCUCCCUCUGUCUCUCUCUCUCUUUUUUUUAAUUUAAGAUCCAUCUAAAACUCCAUCCACCAUAAACCACCCGCCCCCCUUCCAGGCUCUCAGUUUAGAGAAAAAAAAACUCUAAAAACUGUGAAAAAUGUGGAAAGUUCAUUUCACCAUUGUUUUAUAAGAAUGUACAUAUAUAAAUAUAUAAUAUUUAAAACGAUAUCUGUAUUUCAAAUGCAAGUAUUGCGUGUGUUUUUUUUCUUUUGCUUUAAAAUGGGAUCUUUAACGGACUGAUGACGUUUCUGAUUGCAGCGGUCGGAUCGACAGAAGAAGGAAACUAAACUCCUAUUUUAGAAAAAAGAUGAUCACCACAUGGACACAGAUUGUUGUGGAGAAAAACCUGAGACUGAUCUGUCUCCACGACUGCUGACAAACAAGACUUUCGGCAAAAAGGAAUGCUUUAACGAUAAAUAAAAGAAAUAAAAAUCCGUCUGAGUUUCAACAACAGUGUUCCUCCGUAUGGGAUGUGAUCUGUUCAGCCAGCAGCGGCUGCUAUUGUUAAUCUGUAUAGUGCAAUGCCACCAUUAUUUAAAUCAUAUUAUCUAGUAUGGCGGAGCUGUAAACUGUUUCCUUUAUCAGUGAAGGAUUCUGUCAUGCAACUGGAAUGAUUGUAAACAAUUAAAAUCAGUGAGUAUUACAUACAAAAGAACGCACAGUCGUUUGGUUUUGUUCUGGUGUAACAUUGGAGCUGAUCACGCGCCUUGUGCCACGCUUGUGAUUUCUAUUUCUACUUUGGUGCAGUAUGUGAACUGUAUUGUGGUGUCGAAUUACGUACUGGUAACGUGUUUCAUAAAUAAAUGAUGAUAAACAUGAAAA